GGGUUUUUAAUACACGUGUCAGAAAAUCACGAAGUUUCAAUUUCUCUUUCUUGUCUUCUCUUUCUCUCGUGUUCUGUCGUCGUCUCCGUCUCCUCUCGGCUUCUCCCAUGGACGAUACAAGCUCCCCUUCCUUAACAACAAAAGCACUCUUCUUUGGUUUCUUCAGCUGCCAAAUCACUCUAUUUCUCCAGUCAGACACACACACACACACAUUCGUUGAGGGCUUCAAUGGCGACAGAGUACGAGCGCAAAAGACUAGAGAACAUUAAUUAGACGAAACGACGAGAUGAUGGCUUCUCUCAAUGUCCAUGCCGCCAAAGCCUCUCUUCUCUCCUCCUCAACCAAACGCUCCUGAGACCAGUCUAAACCAUUAAAGAAGCAGAAUAAGAAGAAAGAAUCCGAAGCCCUUCAAGUCUUGCUUUUUUCUUUAUUGCUUUGGUGUGGAUGAUAGUUGAUAGAGGCGGUUAAUAAAUGCUUGUUAGAGUUAGGUUAUGGUUAGUUAAAAUGAGUGUGAUCCAUGCUUGUUUUAGUUUAACAUUAGGACUGUGUGCAAUGUAAUAAAUAGGUUAGAUUCAUGUCAACUCAUCUUAACUCAACUCAACUCCAAGAGUAAAGUUGAAUGCUUCUUUCUCUUCUCUUCUUUAGUCUAAAUUAUAUUACAUGACAAUGGUUGAAGUUUGAUUACAUCACUUAGGUGGAAAAUAAAACAAGACCAGUACGGUUUGUUUGAGAUUAAUAGAUUAUAUCCUUUUAUGAUAUGACUUAUGAGUGUAUGCUGCUGAUAUGCAGGACAGGACAAAGGAAAGUGGUUACGUUUUGUAUGCUUCUGUGGGAGCAGUAACGUUUUGUAUCAUCGGUCUAGUGAACAAGUGUUAUUGUCGUCACUCACGUUUUGUAUGCUUAAUGCUCAGUAUAAUGGAAGUGUUUUGGACCACGGAGAGAAUAUGCGUAUCUUCAGAAUCGCCAUCACCACUCAAACAAGACCCUUAUGAAUCACAUGGUUUCCUCUUCUUCUUCUUCCCUAAACCAAACCUUAUUGCUGUCUUGAGGAGCAGAGUUUUGUAUGGUGCUGUAGAAAGCUUAUCGGUCUCUCGUCUCUUCAAGCCUUCUUCUUACAGUUUCAGGACUAGAGUAAGAAGCUUUCAGAAAGAAAAUGCAGGAAAGAAGGACUCUGAAGAUGAGAAACCAAACGUAGAUGAAAUGCUUAACAGCGAAAGCACAAGAGUUUCUGAAAAGAAGAGAGUCUCAUUCAUAGCAAAGUUAGGUAUUGGGUUAGGAUUGGCUCUGACUAUUACAGCAAUAUGUGUGACCUUGAAAGGCUCUGCUAGUGAUGGUGCACCUUUUGAGGUUAAGAGUCUGGCCAAACCUUCAUCAUCUUCAGUUGGUUUUACCUUCAAUGCGUUCGGAAACAGAUUCGUAAUUCCAGCAAACGCACCUGGAUGGGUUUACUUUUGGUUGCUAAUGGCGGCUGGAUUUGGGAUUUUCAUCAGCGAAGAGGCGCUAAAUAUUUGGGUUGGAAUAACAUUGGCUCGAAUGUUAACUCUGGAUGGGACGUGGCAAUCUUUUGCUGAGUCUUUCUCUCGGAAUGCUCCUUAUAUAAUGUCUACUGUGUCUUGGGUUUACUGGGGAGUUUGUAUAAGCGAUAUGAUACCGUUUUACCUAGGGAAGCUCUUCAGAGAAAGUGGAGCAUCAGAUGAUGUUUGUUCAAAGCUGGGUAUAGGUAAAGAGAAAGCGAUGGGCAUUACCCAGGCCGUCCAAAAAUAUGGAAACCUGUCAGGUUUUGUGGAAAGAUUUUCGCUGGGAGUGAGGAAUCCUACAGCAUUCUUUGCUGGAGCACUUGGAAUAUCUCCAGAAUGUUUCUUUGCAGGAGUUUGCUGCGGCGGUUUGAUUACUCUUCCAAUUCAGCUUGUGAUUGGGUUUCUUCUUCGAGAACGCCCUAUGUUUGCUAUUGCAACAGUAGCAACUGUAGUGGGAAUAUGGACAAUCUUCCCCUAUAUGGUGGCUGCAGCCACGGCUUUGUACCUCUAUAUUCGCAGUCGCUACUCACCUAAGAUUUAGCUGUCCACGUUACUUAAAUAAAGUAUUGAUAGAUUCAUAGACAGAAAGGUGUAAGAUAUACACUACUCAGCAACCCCAAACAAAUAAGGUUGUAUACGUAUAACAAGUUUCACUUAAAACUAAUUCGUUCCUACAACAA